AUGGCGUGUAUGGAGGAGGGACACGGGGAGGAUGGAGAUGAUUAUUGCAACUAUGGUGGAUGGCGUGCAUGCAAAAGUUUUAAUAAUCGUGUAGGAGGAGGAGGUGGUGGGGGCGGUGGUGGUGGUGGAGGAAGUGGUAAUGGAGGUUCGGGACAUGGUGCAGGGGCAGGUGUCGGUGUGGGAGGUGGAGGAGGCCGUGGUGGUGGUGGGGGGGAUGGAACUAGUGGUUCUGGUCAUGGUGAAGGAUUUGGAGCUGGAGUUGGUACAGAAGGUGGUGGAGGGUCUGGUGGGGGAGGUGGUACUGGCGUAGAUGGAGGGUAUGGUCAUGGUAGUGGUUUUGGAGCAGGUGUAGGUUUUGGAACUUUUGGUGGACGUAAAGGUGGUGGUGGUUUUGCAGGGGGAGGUGGAGGAGGUGGUGGCGGUGGUGGUGGUGAGGGUGGUUCUGCCGGAGGAUCAGGUCAUGGUAGCGGCUUUGGAGCUGGAGUUGGUGGGGCAGGUGGAGGUGGUGGAGGAGGAGGAGGAGGUGGUGGUGGUGGUGGAACCAACGGUGGAUAUGGUCAUGGAAGUGGUUUCGGGAUGGGUGUAGGUUUUGGUGGAAAUGGUGGUGGAGGUGGAGGGGGAGGGGGAGGUGGAGGCAGCAAUGGCUCGGGUGGAGGUUCUGGCCAUGGUAGUGGUUCUGGAGCAGGUGGUGGUGGUGGUGGAGGAGGUAGAAAUACGAAUGAUGAGAAUGGUGGUGGUUCUGGUUAUGGUGAAGGAGAAGGCAGUGGAUAUGGUGGCAAUUAUAGUAAUGAUAAUGGUGGCAUUGGAAUGGGAUUUGGUAUUGGUAUGGGAUUUGGCUUUGGAAUGGGAACAGGUACAGUAAGUGGAAAUUCUAGUCCAAUUGAUGAAGCUAGCAAGAAUGGUGACAAACAGCCCUAA